AUGAAGCAAGCGGAAGCAGCUCGAGAUACUUACCUAGUCGAACGGUAUAAUGCCCUUGCGGCUUUAGUUGCUGCCAUUAAUGAUUUAAAUGGCGAGAGAACAAGCCAUAAAGCAACAAAAGCUGAACGAGAUAUUGUCAUUGAUGAACGAAACAAACUCCAAAUGGAAUUAAAUAAAUUAGCCGUAAUACAAGAAGAAUUAGCCAUUGAAAAGCAAAAUAAUCAGGAAUUACAAGAUUUAAAGAUAACCAUGGCCGAUAUAACCACACAACUUAAACCAAGCAACUAA